AAGUAUUUUGACUAUUUGACAAAUUAGUCAUCGAUAUCGCGUACGCGAUGUAGAGUUAUGUUAUUGACAAAUAUCAGCAGUGCCGUCCCAUCAAUAUGGCCAAAAGUAGCCAGGAAGUCGUGUUUGAGGGCUGGCUUACGAAAUCGCCUCCCGACAAGCGUAUCUUUCGAGCGCGAUGGAGGAAACGUUACUUCUCGCUGACAAACACUGGAGAACUGCCUGGACAGUAUGUGCUCACUUAUUACACAGACAGACACUGUAGGAAACUGAAAGGCACCAUAAAUUUGGAUGCAUGCGAACAGGUGGACUUGGGACUGGCAUUCAGGGAGAAGAAUCUCAAACUGGAUCAUGUGUUUGAUAUAAAAACGCCCACUAGAACCUACUAUUUAGCUGCGGAGACUGAGGAAGAGAUGAAGUCUUGGGUGGAUAAUAUUUGUAAAGUCUGUGGACUGAAGUCAUCUGAGGAUGCUGUUUCAGGAACUUUGAAUGCGACAGAUGAUUUUGCUGCCGUUGAAGAGAUAGAUAUGACAACAGAGACUCCCCCUAUUUCGCCAGUCAGCACAAAUCCUUACAUCCCCAUUUCAGAAUGUAUUUCUGGAAAGACGCCAGUUCUCGAUCCAAAGAUAUUGAACCAGCAUGGGCACGACUUCCAAAAACUACUGGAAUAUAAUAUGCGAAAUUCCUUCUUCCCCAAUGACCACCAUACGAACGAGGCGUACGACGUGGCGCCCCAGCGAGCCUACAUGAACUACGUAAACGACCUACCGGCUGUCCAGAGCGCUCAGUCCCAACAUCCCGACCCCCGGUUCUACGAUUCCCCGCGUAAGCUGGUACCACCGCACGCGGGCGGCAGUCUCGACUUAUCGCGGCACGAGUACAAGAACACUUCACCUCUUCAGAGUCCAACGGAUUCGGAGAGCGUCUUCACCGACGACGAUUGGGUUCACAACGCUUCCUUCGAUAACAACACGUCGAAGAAUACAAGGCCGUCGGAUUCAUCGAACGACAUCGAGAUUCCUGCUGCCCAGAGAUUCGUCAAAGCCGACACGGCGAAAAGUGGGGCCGUUAUAGCACCUCCCAGACCGCCAAAACCUGCCCACAUCACCCCGAAUACACAACCCUGUUACCUGAACUUAAAUGUCACGCCUACUAAGUCAAGCACAAACAAUGAAGAAGAAUCUAAGCCAACCAAGGAUUUGGGGCGAGUGGUCGUGUCUGACGAAAUGUACGACUUCCCGCGUUCACACAACAUCGAAACUGAAACGACUUUACGGGGCACGUCUCAACGGCGCCAUUGCUACUCUAACGCAGCGCCCGCCAACGUCGAGGGUACAGUCUUCCGUUACGACAUGGCACCGGGGGAGACGACGCCCUCCCUGCACGUCGACGACGACGAACCGAAUUCGCCACACUCACAGACGUCGUCGCGUAGCGCCUACUCGAAUCUACCGAGUCCCCUGCUGGUGGGCGAACAGACGGGACAACUGAUGCCGCCGCCGGCCGUCGACCGGGGACUCAAGCCGAAAAGGAAGCUAUCGGACACGCAUUCUAUUGGCUCGGUGCAGGAGCCAGCCUCCCCCAGGGGUGCACCUUCCGUCGACAGGAAACUAAAGCCUCCAACACCACUUCAAGAGGCCCACAUGAGGAAGACGUUUAAUCCGGAUGACGAAAGGAAAAUUCGGGCGGCACCGAGUCCCUCAUUUUUGCCACAGAAUGCGUUCCUGUCGCACAGUUUGGGCCGCUCUCAUGAAUCUCUGCUGAACCGCCAGGACAACUUGUAUGUCGUGUGUAGUAAAAUGCAAUACUUAGAUCUCGAUUUAGACCUGGAUAUGACGAAUUCCGGAUCUGUUAACAAGUCGAAGCCGGUUAAAGAAAAUGAAACCGACACAGUUUACAAAAAGGUGGAUUUCACGAAAACGAAUGCGUUCAAUUUGACACGUAACAAUUUGGAAAAAGAAAGGCAGGAGCCAGUUAUGUUUAAGAAACAAUGACAGUUUUUGGGUUGUUGAUUCUUUUGAAAAAUCAAAAGGUCGCUCAGAUAUAUUUUAUGAAUCUCCUCCUUGUAUCAUGGAAAUCUUCUCUCCACUAAAGUUCAAAGAUUAUUUUUUUUUUAAAUGCUGAUUCUAACAGUUCUUUUCAUCGUAUUUCACAUUCCAAACGCUUCAGUUCUUCGUUUUCUGAGACUGCAUUUACAAAAAGGAGUAUUAAGUUCCGUAUUAUUCAGAGUAUUAAAAUUUUUAUCUGCAUUUAUGGUUUAUGCUAUUUCUACGAAUUAUUGUAAUGAAUGUGUAUCUAUAGUGCCUUAAAUUUUUUUAACUAUUAACUGUAGAUAUAUAAAGUGAUACUAUGUACCAAGACGUGCAAUAUUCAUUGGUUUAUGAAUAUUUUGUUUUCCGACAUUUAUUGUAGUUUUUAUGAAUUUUAAGUCAUUAUUUAGGUUCAACUUAUGUUAAAAUAUACUAAUUACCAUAUAUUAUAUUUUUGUUUCGUUCUUGACAUAUUUUAGCUUCUUUUAUUGUGUAAAAUCCAUUUAAAGCUUUAAAUUUAUAAAAUAUAAGUGGCCAUUCUUAUCAUAUUUUAGAGUAAUUUUUCUAUUCUUUACAAAUUAAGUGUUAGGAUGUAGUCCAUUUUACGAAAUUUUAAUGAUGUUAUACAAUUGUAUACAGAAUAAAAAUAUUAUUUUAAA